GAGACAGUCGAAAUGUCAUUAAGGAGACGAAAUAGCUUUUAUAGAAGUUUUAAAGAUGCAUGUCCUGAAUUUGAAGAAAUGCUUUUGGACCGAGGAGCAACUGCAGCUGCUCAAAACAAAUGGGUUUUCGAAAUCGCUUGGGAAGUGGCCAAUAAAGUGGGAGGCAUAUAUACUGUGAUCAAAUCUAAGGCCCCAGUCAGUGUAGGAGAGCUGGGAGAGCAGUACUGUUUACUGGGCCCCUAUAACGAGGCUUGUGUCAGGACUGAGGUGGAGAUCCUGGAACCUUCUCACUAUGUGUAUAGACAGACAUUACAGGCAAUGAGGGAUGCCGGUAUCAAGGUUCACUUUGGUCGCUGGCUGAUUGAUGGAUAUCCUAAAGUCAUUCUGUUUGAUAUCGGCUCAGCAGCAUGGAAACUUGAUGAAUUUAAGCAUGAACUUUGGGAGAAAGCCAGCAUCGGGGUUCCAUGGCAUGAUCGUGAGUCCAAUGAUGCUGUGAUAUUCGGAGCACUGGUUGCCUGGUUUAUAGGAGUGUUUCGUGCCAAUCUCUCUGACAAGCCAAUAGUUGUGACACAUUUCCACGAGUGGCUAGCAGGGGCAGGCCUCAUUUACCUCAGAACCAGAAAAGUAGAUUGCACCACUAUCUUUACCACCCAUGCCACUCUUCUAGGGAGGUAUCUGUGUGCUGGAAGCUCCGACUUCUACAAUAACAUUAAUAAGUUUAACUUGGACAAAGAAGCUGGUGAUCGUCAGAUUUACCACCGUUACUGUAUGGAGAGGGCCGCAGUACACUGUGCUCAUGUGUUUACCACUGUGUCUGAAAUCACAGGAGUGGAGGCUGAGUUCUUACUAAAAAGAAAACCAGAUGUGAUUUUACCCAAUGGUUUGAAUGUUGUCAAGUUCAGUGCCAUCCACGAAUUCCAGAAUCUCCAUGCCAUAUACAAAGAGAAAAUUCAUGACUUUGUCAGAGGACAUUUUUACGGACACUAUGACUUUGACCUAGACAAGACGCUGUACUUUUUUUCUGCUGGGCGGUACGAAUUCACCAAUAAAGGAGCUGAUAUGUUUAUUGAAUCUUUAGCUCGGCUGAAUUACUAUCUCAAGGAAGCCAAUAGUGAGAUGACUGUUGUAGCAUUCUUAAUCUUCCCAACAAAGACCAGUAACUUCAAUGUGGAGUCACUGAGAGGUCAGGCCAUCUCUAAACAACUGAAGGAGACCGUCCACCAUGUACAAACACAGAUCGGCAAGAGAAUUUUUGAACAGUGUCUCAGGGGAAAAAUUCCUUCAGGGGAUGAAAUUCUAGAACAAGAAGAUAUAGUGAAAUUAAAGAGAUGUAUCUAUUCUGCUCAGAGGAACAGCCUGCCACCUAUAUGUACUCAUAAUGUUAACGAGGAUGCUAAUGACCAGAUUUUAAAUGCCCUCAGGAAAUGUCAACUUUUUAACAGGAAAGAGGAUAGAGUCAAGGUUGUGUUUCACCCAGAGUUUCUGAAUUCCACCAAUCCAUUGUUUGGGUUAGACUAUGAGGAUUUCGUUAGGGGUUGUCAUUUAGGUGUGUUUGCUUCGUACUACGAGCCAUGGGGAUACACACCAGCGGAGUGUACCGUAAUGGGGAUUCCUAGUAUUACAACCAACUUGUCGGGCUUUGGCUGCUUCAUGGAGGACCACAUAACUGACACUCAAUCAUACGGUAUCUAUGUUGUUGAUCGACGUCAUUCAAGUCCAGAGGAAUCAGUUAACCGACUGGCUAAGAAUAUGUUUGAUUUUACAUGUUUAUCCCGGCGACAGCGUAUUAUCCAGAGAAAUCGUACAGAGCGACUCAGUGAUCUCUUGGACUGGAGAAACCUUGGUGUGUACUACAGGAAGGCUCGCCAGAUUGCAAUAGCUCGAGUGUAUCCAGAUCUUGCUGGCAAGGAGGAAGAGUUCCUACAGAGUAAGAAGUUCAAGUACCCCAAACCCGCAUCAGAACCCUCUUCUCCAUCAAUGUCCAGAAGCUCUACUCCUGCCCCAUCAGAGCAUGGGGAUGAUGAUGAUAUAGAAGAUGAAAUUGAUGAGGACGAAGAAAAUGCCGAGUUAAACUCAAAUCCAGAGGCAGACAGGCCAAUGUUCAAAUGUUAGAGGCAAACUUCCUUCCUUUUUCUUUGUGUUUGGAAGGAAGAAAUUUCCCUAGACAUGUUUUGAAGUGUGAUAUUUAGGUUUUUGCUUUACAUGAGGUGUAAUGCUUUAUACUUAGAUUGAUCAGUUUGAUAUUGCUUAAUGAGUUGAUCUCAUUGAUGAUUAGCUUAUGUAAGCUUCACGUUUUCAUAAAUUUUUAGUGACAAUCAAUAAUUAUCACAAACAGCUAAAAUGUCCUAGGAAAAGGACCACACAUAGAAUGAAAAAACUUGAUGAAGUUUUCACAAAAGGAUCUAAGGUUUGUUUUAUUUUAACUUUAUUGUACAUGUAGAUGUACAAAACAUGCAUUCAUAAAGCAGAUAAUAACCAAAUUUUACUUUUUUGGCCUUAUAUGUUACUUACAUUGUAAAAUUUUACACAGUUUUAUCCUUAAAACAGCAGCAAAAUUUAAGAAGGUUGUACAUACCAUUCUAUACAUCUAAUGGGCUUUUGAAACUGCCAGAACAACAGAAUAUAGUAAAUACUUUGUCUAAAGUUACUGCCUUUCAAAUAAGAAAUGUAUUUUUUAAAUAUGACAGAUCAUGAAGGCAUCUAAUAAUGAUAAGCUGCGUUAAUACCAGUGACUGUGUUCCAUUGUGUUAAAUUUCAAAUAAUUGUUUAAAGAUAUCACAAAAAUAUUCACAUUAUUCUACAGAUUUUGAAUUCUUUUGAAGUAAUGUAGUAAGUGUGCAGGUAUUAUGUAUAAAUUUGUGAAGCUUAUGAACAAAGGGUCACUGAAUGGAAUAUUUAAAACAGUUUCAGGUUACUUCAAAAAAUACAUACACUUUUGUCAUGACUUUUUAAAUGUCAUAUUAUAAAUUCAGUAGACAUAUUUUAAUGAUAAAUCUGAAUAAUUUGAUUUUAAAAAUUUUAAAUAUAUCAUGAUAAAUUUCAAAAUUAUUUGAAAAUUAAGCUGCAAGAUUGGGUUGACAGAGCAAUUAAAUAAAAAUUUAGCAAUAUUUACGAACAAUACACUUUGAAAUGUCUAUAAUGUCCUAUCUCACUAAGCUAAAACAAAAUAAAAUUUAAUAAAUGCUGAAAUAAAGUAUAGUUUCAUUUUACAUGCCAAAUUGCAACGCAAUAUAUUGCUUCCUUGAGCAGAAGUCAAUUGCAGAAGACAGGUAGUCAUUGAAAAAAGUAACAUUGCAGGAAUUAUCACGGAGCAGAGAGUAGCAAAACAGUUUUGUGUUGCACUCUGAUAAACUCUAAAAUAAACUCUGAAAAUGCUGGAGUAAGCAGGAACUAUAUCAAAAGUGAUCCAUGCAUUUGUGUUUAAAAGGCAGUGGCAGUUUUUGAUUGGAAAAUACUUUGUAUUGGUCUAAAGACAGCCUGAGAGGGAACAGAUAUUCAGUAUAGGUCUAAUGAGUAACGUACAUCAUGGAAAAGUGAUGGGAGCUUUAUUAGUGCCAAACUUGAAAGCAGAGAAAAAAUUAAAAACUGACAAACUAAAUCAUGCUUCUGGAACAUUAAUAAGCAAAAAUGUGUCAGUUGGUGUUGAAACGUUUUUCAAUGGGUGGGUAAUAUGCCAAAGGCUAUAUGUAAAGGGGAAUGUUUUUGCGAAACUGUUAUGGUUUUGAUAUUGAAAUGUUGUCAAGAGUGCUCCAUUGAGAAAAAAACAUGUUGAUAAGAUCCAUUUGAUCAAAUGGAAUGAAACUGCACACAUUGACAAAGUAAAUUUUUUAUGUAUGAUAAUGUUUUGAUCUUGAAUUUCUGAAAAUUGAUACGACAAGGAGUGACAUUGUCUACAUAUUUUUUGAAUGACCCUGGUAAAUGUCUAAGAUAAAAGGAAUUAAUAUGAAAAAAAAUCAUAAGAUUACAGACUAGUGAAAAAAAAUUAGCCUUCAUGUUUUUCAAAGGAGAUGGGCAAACAUAGCGUGCAGAAAGCCUAUAGCUUCAGAUAUAUAAAAGUCGUGCAGUUUGUGAAUUUAGUAUUUAGAGUAAAGUUCUCAUUAUUGAACUUUAUAAAAUUAUAAUUAACAACACUUUUUUGAGGAAAAUUUUCUCGUUCAAAUUUAUUCUUUUAUUAAAAAAUAAUGUGGUAUUCGUGGGGUUCGAACCCAAGCAAUAAAAAUCCCGAGUAUCAUUUUCUUUCGAGACUAGCACGCUAACCACUAGACUACAGAAGUCCUGAUGAAGAGUGGCAUUUAAAUCAUGUUUGUGAUAUGACCCUUGACUUAAUGGACUUCAAGUAUUUCUCGAAAAGAUGCGAAUGUUAUGUCAUAAAAGUAUAUUUUUAAGGUAUAGUGGGUCAUUGCUCCAUAUUUUUGGUAACCAAAAAAUGUAUAUCUUUAUGCAAACUUUGAGGAUUAACUUUCAAAAAAGUGGAGCAAAGACCCACUCAUAUCGAAAAAUAGUGCUAUAGUAUGAGAAAAAUGACUCUUUUUGCCCGCUUUAAUGUGUGUAUAAUAUUUCAUAGGCAAAUAAUUUCAAUCUUUGAGGGAUUUUUGCAAAUUGUAGAGACUUUACACAAAGUACAUUUUAAUGUUGGACGAAUUAUCAAGGAAAAUUUUGAUAUAAUUGAAAUUUAAUUUUUCAUCUUGAUGUUUGUCACACGUACUAUAGGCUUAUCGCUCGUCAUGUUCACCCAUCUUCUUUCUUUAAAUUGGAUUCUUGAAUGAUUUCAGAUUGACAUUUGACUAGUACUCUUAGUCACUGAUUACCUCUUACUGAUUCAGGUUUCAAUACUGUUUUUUGUGCCAUGAAGACAUUUAUAUUUACAAUAUUGCUGGAACAUUUUUGUUUGUUUGUUUUUAAAAAAAAUUUUUUUUUUUGCUGUUAAUUUACUUGCCAGUAUUAAUAUUUCAUCUUAAGACAUCUUGCAAACAAUUUUCUGCUUUAAUAGCAUAAUGCAAGACAUGCAUAAUAAAAUCAAUGUGUAACAGUAGUCACAGAAAAUAUCGGCAUUAGUUACACUGAAAUUUAUUCAGCUGCUAAAAAUUUUUAUAAUGUUUAUUUCUUGUUGAGAAAUGUUCAGUGUAAAGUUUUUAAAAUUUUCUUUAAUUUUACAGCUCUUGGUGAUGCAUUUGAGUAUAUGAUUGUGUGCUCUUUUACAUAAGUGUAUGUAUUUGGUGAAGAUUUGAUUUUUUCCCCGGGUAUUUAGGAAAAAGGAGUAAAUAACACUGUAAGUGUGUACAGAAUGACUGCCUUUUGGGAGAAAGGGAUGGGGGUGGGGGAAAUAGAAUUUAUUUUUAUAUUUUAUGGAUAGUUUGAAUAUUCACAUUGGAAGAAGUUAACCCAGAUUAAUGUUAUUAGGUUAACAAGCCCACAAUAUUCAGCCCAAGUGGUGCCAAUAGCAAUUCUUACUGUGGAAACAGUGAUGAAUAAGUUAACCCAAAAAUUCAAAAAUUUAAUCAAAAUUAUGAAGAAGCAUGCUUACUUCAUGCAAAAAUUCACAUUUGUGUUACAUUAAUUAUCGGUUGGAUGUAAAAUUCCCUUAACUUGGUUUGGUAUAAACUAUCUCUUAACUGAGGUUAACAUUUAGGCCAAUUGAAAGUUUUUUUUUCUUUUGUUUUCUGUGCUACAUGUAUGAAUCAAAAAUACUAAUACGUUCCAAACAAUAUACUCUGUUAGGCAGAAAAUGAAAUACUAGUAUUGCUAGCCUACAAAUGUUUUUUGAAUUGUUAUGAGCUACAUGUAUAACUUUGUGAAUGGUUAUUAGCUACAUGUAUAAUCUUGUGAUUGGUUUUUAUAGUUACAUGUAUAGCCUCCGAUUUACCUCCCUAGGAAUUGGGUUUAUAUUAUUAUUGUUUGGCCCAUAUAUGUGGUCAUGCCGGAAUGUUGUGUGUAGCCCAGUGCAGCUAAAAAAAAUUGUUAGGAAAUAUAAACCUGUCACAGACACUUUAUGUUUUAAAUAUUUCUUUUCAUUGAUAAAAAAAAAUUCUAUACUAUAAUAAGGUAUGGAUUUUUUUUAUCAAUAAAGACAAAAUGUCAAAUACCAGUUAACCCUGUGACUGUACUAAUUAAAACAAAUUAUUUGUUUUAACUAGUCCGAAUUAUGAAACAUGUUAUUGUAGAUGUAUGGUUAAACAGAAAGAAACUUGUAAUAGUUACCUCUUAUUUGAUUUUUAUAUAAAGUACAUGUCUUGCAUUCUACUACAUGUAAAUUGUGCUUCCAGAAUAUAUUUUUAUUGUGAUACUUGUAUGAAAUAGUUGACUUAUUCCCCUUUGCUUCUGUCGCAUAAUGGAAACUAUUUACUGUUCAUCAUUUAGGACAAUUUGUUAAACUUAGCUGCAAAUUAUUAUUGUGCCAGAUUUUCAAACCUUUUUGUUGCUUGCUCACUGCAAUAGUGUGGUGCAGACACAAAUGUUAUAAUGAUGUAUUAAGUAUAUUAAAUUGUAUCCAUACCUAUA